GGCUCGCCGCUCUGCUUCCUCUGUGACAGUCGGAGUCCAGAAGGACCGAACCAGGACCAGAAGAAGCGGAUCAACUGGGGCUGGACGCCUUUAAACUUAUCCAGACUGGUCCGAACUGGUCCAAAGUGGUCCGAACUGGUCCAACUUCGUGCUCUUUUCGUCUCACACCUGGAACUUUUACGCGCUGUAUUUUGGAGCCGUUUACGCGUCAGUCGGUCCGUGCGUAACGCAGAUCCCACCUGUGGACGCAGGCAGAUCAGAGCGGCUCUGUGUAGGAUGUGGGUUUGGGUGAAGUAACGGGGUCGGACCGACGCACGGAACCCGGGUCGGAGAGUCUGGGUCCGAACCAUGAGCAGGACUGUGUGGACCCGAAGCCCAGAGGCCGGACACGACUGAGGACCCGAAGGACAAAGCCGAGUUCCAGAGUUCCAGGAGCAGAGGAUGGAUGGAGAACAUGCGACAGGAGCGGAAAGAGAGAGAGACAAACUGCCCCCGAUCUGCAGCAGCAACUGCCCCCCCCAGGGUUUGGGUCGAGGAGCCAAGCAGGCCUUUCCGUCUCUGGGAACCUUCAUCUCCACGGUGACCCAGCGGAGGGACGCAGGGGGACGGGGCUUGGCAGGAGGCGGGACCACAGGCAGCCUCAGCAGCGCUCCGGGGUUCAGGCACGGGAGGGAGCUGCCGCCCAUCUGCAGCGACGUCCGUCAGAAACAGCGCAUCUCCAUCGACACGUUGCCUCCAGAGGUCAAAGCUCCGUUCCCCUCCGACCCAGUCAUCCCCCUGCGGACAAAAACCACCAGGGAGUUCCAGGAGGACAUGGAGCGUGCCGGCCAAUCAGGCGACUGGAGGGAGGUCCGGGAGUUUUACCUGACCACCUUCGACUCCUUCAUAGAAAUCAACGCUGCCUUUAAGCGAGAGGCGAACGGCUCCUUUAACACGAUCGACGACUCUGGAGUCAACGCCAAGUUCGUCAACGCUGUUUACGACGCUCUGCUCAACACACCUCAGGACAUCCAGAAGUCAGUGCUCAAAGGGAUCAUCAACAGCCUGUUGAGGGAGUGGAAAGGGCCUCGGUCUAAAGAUGACCUUCGAGCUUAUUUCAUCCUGGUUCAGAACCCCCAGUACUCCAGUAUCAGUACCUAUGUGAUCUACGCUCACCUGCUGAGGCAGAUCUCCGUUCUGUCGGAGGCCGACCACCACUUCCUGGUUCACUGGUUGAAAAGGCUUUCGGCGCGGCGCUUCAGGCAGCUGGUGGAGCGCCUCCUGCAGUUCAUCUCCACCCGUCUGUUUCCUGCUGAAGCGGACGAACUCCCUCCUCUGGCCAAGUGUUCCUGGUGGAUUCCAUCUGCCACCAAAGUGCUGGGACUGUUCAAUGCAGCCAACAGCGUGUCCUCUCCUCCCAUCAUGCCUUUCACCGACUUCUACAACAUCACUCUGGACCACAUAGACUUCAUGGAGGAGUACAGGACGUGGCAGAACUACGGCAACUCCAACAGGUUUUCUUUCUGUCAGUUUCCUUUCAUCUUGUCGACGGUGGUGAAGAAAGCCAUCAUCCAGAAAGACUCGGAGCAGCAGAUGAUCAGCCAGGCCAGGCAAAGCCUGGUCAGUAAAGUUUCUCGCAGGCAGAGAGUGGACAUGAACCUUCUGUUCCUCAACAUUAAAGUACGACGGGCACAACUCCUCAGCGACUCACUGGAUGAGGUCAGUCCGAACUCAAACCACUGCAUCUCACAUGGGUUUAGGACAAGAAACUCUACCUCCACCACAAAAACACAACAUGGGAUUAUAAUUUACUUAUUUUUAUUUAUUUAUUUGCAUAUUGUAAAACAGCAAAAAAAAAACACAAAAUUAAACAAGAACAUUCAAACCAGUCACAUUAUUGUGCAGGAGAGGUUAGAAGCAGAAAAAGGCUUCUAUGAAUACCUCCCCAGAAAUGAACAAUACACAAGAAAAAAAGAGAAAAGAAUAAAACAUGCAA